GCCGCUGAAAUCUGGGCUCGGAUUCCACUGGCCACCGAGGCGGCGGGUCUGCAGACACCGAGCAGCGGCUGGUACCGGCGGCUCUCCCCCCCCCACCACCACCACCUUACAUGCCAGCACCUUGCAGCCAGCAACCAUGCGAGCCCAAAUCGAAGUGAUACCAUGCAAAAUCUGUGGAGAUAAAUCUUCAGGGAUCCAUUAUGGAGUCAUCACUUGUGAAGGAUGUAAAGGGUUUUUUCAGAGGAGCCAACAAAAUGCCGCGUACUCCUGCCCGCGUCAGAGGAAUUGUCUAAUUGAUCGAAAUCGGAAUCGCUGCCAGCACUGUCGCUUGCAGAAGUGUCUUACUCUUGGAAUGUCACGUGAUGCUGUGAAGUUUGGUCGGAUCAAAAAGCAACGUGACAGUCUCUAUGCCGAAGUUCAGAAGCAUCAGCAGCACCAAGAGCAGCUGGCAACGAAGGAAGAUUCCGAGGGACUUGCACGAGGCUACCCAAAUAGUGUCAGUAGUGGACUCGCAGAUCUGGAUGAUAUCGGCAGCACCUUCUCAGAAGGGCUCCUGUUUGACUUUCCACUGACCCCCGAAGGAGGAAGCAGUUUUUAUAAUUUUGAUAUUUCAGCCUCUGCUGAGCCAUCUCCGGAUCAAUCUGCCAUGGAUGUAAAUGAAAUUAAACAUAUAAAACAGGAGUCCAUAUAUGAAAUAAUGCUGGAGCCCAGUUUGUUCUCGUAUCCCUCUCCAGAGAAUAGUCAACUGGCCACUGAAAUUUCAAUGGCAGAGAUAGAUCGAAUAUCACAGAAUGUGGUAGAAUCCCACCUCGAGACUUGCCAGUACACUGUUGAGGAGUUGAAGCAGCUUGCCUGGCAGUUGUAUACACAGGAGGAGAUAAGGAACUUUCAAAAUAAGUCUUGUGAGGCCAUGUGGCAGCAGUGUGCAAUCCAAGUUACAGACGCAAUCCAGUACGUAGUGGAGUUUGCCAAGCGGAUCAGUGGAUUCAUGGAUCUGUGUCAGAAUGAUCAGAUCAUACUCCUUAAAGCAGGUUGCCUUGAGGUUUUGUUGGUUCGAAUGUGCCGAGCGUAUAACCCUAUGAACAAUACGUUGUUUUUCGAAGGAAAGUAUGGAAGCACACAGAUCUUCAAGUCAUUGGGUUGUGAUGACUUUAUCAGUGUUGUUUUUGAAUUUGCUAAAAGCUUAUGCUGCCUGCAUUUGACGGAGGAAGAAAUUGCAUUGUUCACCGCCGGCAUCUUAUUGUCACCAGAUCGACCAUGGCUCACAGAAGCUAGAAAAGUUAAGAAGCUGCAGGACAAGAUUUAUGAGGCGUUGCAACAUGUCAUUCAAAAAAAUCACCUGGAUGAUGACAAGUUAUCGAAGCUGAUCUCCAAGUUAUCCAUGCUGAAGUCUGUAUGCAACCUUCAUGUGGACAAGCUGCAGCUAUUCAAGCUGCUACACCCACAAACCGUGCACAACUUUCCUCCACUCUACAAGGAAGUAUUCAGCACAGAAAUGCAGUAUCCAGACUCCUCCAACAGCUAAACACGGCAUUCCCAAAGUGAGAAAUGAAUGGGUUUAAAUCCUCUAUCACCAAUUGCAAUAGCACUAGAAUGAAUGUACUGCACUUCAUGUUGUUUCACCGUCACAGUCAAAGAAUGUAAAUAAUUGGAUACUGAGUAGUGGAAAAACCCUUGUGCAUGGCAAUUAAAAGCAGCUCCAUUGUAAUCAUGGACCAGAAUCAAAACUGCAAGACUCUCCUUCCAAGGCUCUUUAUAUAAAACCUGUUUUUGUCAGUAAAAAGAACAGUGAAUUAAGGGAGUAUAGAUAGUAUUUUAUCUGUAAUGCAAACCUAUAUAUUUUAUUAAGGUUGUUUCUUUUUACACUGAAUACUCAGUGAUUUCAGAGUUGUUCUUGUGGUCCAUCGUUUGAGGUUAGGUUUUCUUUUUCCUGAACGUUUCCUCAGCAUUACUGCAUCAAGAAGAGUGGGGCAAAAUCCCUUGCAAUGAAUAUUCAACAGUGCUGAAGACAGCGAUUUUAAAAACUCUGAAAUCCUAUACAAGUAAAUGUCUGUGUGUUUAUAUUAUUACUAUAUAUCUUUAGGCUAUGGUCAAUAAGAUGCCUGCAUGUAAUAAUAGCUAAAAGUUAUGGUACCCAUUAGCACUAUAACUGUGUUAGUGGACAGUAGUCGUAGCUUGGCAAUGCAUUUAAAUUUAUCCUUAAGACAAAAAUCUGGUGUUUAGCACAAAAUGGCUCGAUAGUCAGACAGGUGCAGAAGCACAUGAGACAUUUAAGGAUUGCAUUUUCUAUAUUUUACUACUAACAAGCCUGUUUUUUUCUAGGUUAUGUGAACCUGGAGAGCCCAGAAUAAAAUGGGGAAACUAGACAGAUGCAGUUGCUGAAAAACUUUUUCAGCACCUUAUUGCAAAAUGACUGCAAUCAGCGGAAAAUGACAUCAGUUAACCAACGUAUAAUAUUGAAGUGAUAUUUGCCCACAGACACUCAGAAAACUAAUUUGUAUAGCUAACUACUGGUUAAAGAGAAGAAACGUUAAUAGUUGAUUCACAGUCCACAGACGUCCCUAAAACUAGUAAUGCACUUUUUCCCACCGGAGGUCCAUAUAAUCCAUUCCUACCAAUAAUAUCCACAUCCAGAAAAAGUUUCUGAAGGUCAUUUACUCAUUGUUUAUUAUGUUUCAUGGAACUUUUCAUCCCCUUCCGAAUUUGCUUCUGACAAGUAACAGUAACUAGCAUAUUACAAAUCAACACACUUCCACAAAAGUUGUGAGACCUCCACUCCUUGUACCCUGGAGUAGAAGCAGUUAAACAUCCUUGCCAUGUUUCAAAGAACAAGCUUUUACAAGUAUAAUAUUUAAUUUUGUGUAGUGAGUAAUCUAAUUUCUCCAUUACUGGUGUCCUAUAAGGGAAUAAUAUAUAACAUACAAAAAAAAUUAUUUAUUAACUUAAUUGCGGUAUGGAACUUUACACACAGUGGUGUCUUUUCAUUUUAAAUGUAAUUUGAAAGUUUGACUGGGGAAGAAUAAUAAAAAAAACAAUUCUAACGGAAAAGAAGUUGCAAACAUGUUAUGUAAGUGCAGUUUGAACAUUGUGGUGGAGGUGCAUAGAAAGUUAUUUGUGUACUGGAAGUUAGAUGAAAUGGGAGGUAUACUGUAAAUCCCUAAACCUGAUUGCUACACUAAGGCCCACCUCUCAGACAGUGAAGAAAGCACUCUGUGUAAUUCACGUGGGGAACAUUAGUGACUUAUGAUACGCUCUCUCAGUGGCUCUGUAAGUGAACACAGCAAAUGAACAGUGUGUGACUGAGCCCAGACAGACUAGGGUUUGAUUGUCUGUGGGCCCAUGUCAGCCAGAGCAGAAGUAAGACUCACGACAAUUGAAAUCGAUCCCCUGGGCCUUCAGGUGAAUCACCAACAAGUUGACUGCUGUUUAAUGAAUGCCUUGGCAUGUGGACAGUUUUAAAGCCCACUAGGACUUGGGGUCCAGGUUCAGACACAAAGAGUGCUCAUUUUGGCAAAGUACUAGAGAACUUUUGGAGCCCCUGGAACUUUAGUCUGACAACAGAGCAAGCAAUAAAGAGUAGUAUAAGAGUUGAGAACAAAAGUGAAAAACUUGAGAAACUACAGAACAGUGAAGGAACAUUUUAUUGAUUGCGAUUCCUGAGAUAGUAAGUGGUAUUUUGUUAGGAUUUCUGACCCUUUCUCUUAUUCAGUGCAAGAACUAAUUGGAAAAUUAGAACAUAUUGGCAGAUUAUAGACAUGGACACCCUGAGGCUGCUUUUGCCUUUAAAGUGGGUGCAUUUUUUAAAAAAAAACUUCUGUACCAAUGAAGUACAAAGUAUUAUUUUUCACAAAGUUGAGAUGUUUGGACAUGGGUAAGUGAAGGAUCCGUUUGUUGAAUUCCAGAUUUUAAGCACUUUCUUCUUUGUUUUAUAUAAAAAAAAGAGAUUUCUUUAUGAAAUAUUCAUUAGAUAUAGCUGUGCUUUAGAUCUUCUGGCUCAUUGAUGUUUCUUAUAUAUUCGUUUCAACAACUUCACCUGCAGCGCAGGAUACAGCUUCUGCUUGGAAACAGAAGAAUAAUUAGCUUGUAUUUUGCAUAUCUGCUUAGCAAAAAGUGUAUUCAAAGAUAUUCUGCUGGGAUUCAAAAGGCUGAUCCGUUCCUUAUAGGAUAUGUUUCAGCUCCUACAAUAAAGUAGCAUCUCACACCACUUAAAAAUAAAUUUAAACUUACACUGUGUGUAUUAUUCUUGUGAAUGUUGUGGAAGAUAUGAAAUGAAGGAACACCCAGCUUUGUUUCUCUUUCAAUAUGGUGAAAUAUGCUUUCUCUGGCACAUUUAUUGACAAAACAAUAUUUGUUAUAUAGUUUAGAAAGUCAUUUUGAUGUUUUUUUUGGUCUGUAUCGUUAAACUGUAAUUCUAUUUUUUUUAAAAAAAAGAAUGAAAUACUUAUAUAAAUGUAAGAUGAGAAGAAUAGAAAGAUUUUUUAAAAAGCCUUAUCUGGAUUUCAAUGACAAACAAAUUCUUAUUUUAAUAUAUUGUGAAUUUAACAAUGAUUGGGAUAGCAAUUAGUGACUCGAUAUAGAUGCAUAAUGUAAAGGAUGUGUAUA